AUGUACAGAUCGUUUGUCACAUGUGAUGAUCCGAAAGGAGUUAUAGAAUGUGGGACAAUCAGAAAGUCCAAGAGUGGUUCCCAGAAAAUGGAUCAUAAGAUUGUAAGCCAUAAAGCACUGAAGAACUCUAAAACAGAUUUGGCAUACAAGCCUGCGAAGGAGGAGCUGAUCUCUAAAGGAAUUAUGGAAGAGCAUCCUACUCCAUCUUCAUUUCAACUCCUGGAGGUCUCUAGAGGAGCUCAGAAGCUGAACCGUACGAUUGAUUCAUGGUCUAAGGGGUUGAGCUACGAUGGCCAGUCUAAAGAUAUUGCAACAGAUUUGUUGGAAGGGGCUCUUGAUCUGCAGGAGUCUCUCCUCAUGCUUGGCAAGCUGCAAGAAGCCUCGCAGUAUAUGGCUCAGCUGAAAAGGCAAAAGGAGAAGCUAAAAAGAGGAAGAAUUAAUGAAGUCGGGGAUCAAAUGAUGAAUUCGCAUCAAUUUGGUGAUCAACACUGCCAGAAUGGAUUUCAAAAGCCAUGGCUUUCUGCUGAUGGUUCUUCCAAGGAUUGCAUUGAUGAGCUUAAGAACGCAAUCACGGACAGCCUUGCUAGGCAGAAUUUGCUUCCAAACAGAACAACCCGAGAGAAGACGUCCUAUGAAAGGAGAACGAGGGACUCGGUCUCAGCUUCAGAUGUCCCCUCCACAAGCUCAAGCCAAUCAUCAAUGGCUCAGUCUAGCAGUAGUCAUUCUACUCUCUCCAUAUCUGCAGCAGCUCCACCAAGGAAGGAAAAAGGUCCAAACUUGAUUGCCAAGCUAAUGGGUCUGGAAGACAUGCCAUCAAAACAACUGCAAAAAUAUCCUCAUAAACAUUGGGAUGUUGAGACUGAUUUAAGUCGGAAGAAGUCAAGGCCAUCCUUUGACAUUGAAAUACCAAAGGUAAGGAAGCCUCAACUCUUAAUAAACAAGGUAGGUUCAGAGCCAAGAACACUGAAUGAUAUUCUUCAAACCAUGCGAUUUAAAGGACUCUUGAAAAGCCAUUCAGUCAAAGAGCUCAAGUCCUGGUCCCAUUACUGCAGAGAAACACAUAUCAACCAGAAGUCUAUUGAUGUUAUUUCACCUAUUGUGCUUAUAAAACCUAGUGUGUCGUGCUUGAAAUCAAAAGAGGUCCCUGCACCAAUGGUUUGGGAAAUGGGAGCCUUAAAAGCCAAAAGGAUGCCGAGAAAUGCGAAGUUAAAAGAAUGGCUUGAUCCUAGAUCGGUAGACUACAGAGAUGGGAGUUAUAGCACCUGGAAAAUGCAGGGUAAAACAGAAGUUGAUGAGCCUAAGGACCGCAGAGAGGUAAUUGUGAAACCAGAAGAAACAGAAAUCAAAACAGUUGUCCAGGAAGAAGUUGCUGUUCGUGCGAACAAAAAGAGCAGAGAGCUGGAACCCGAAGAGACUCCAAUAAAAAAAGUGAGCAAGGAACGAGUAGAGGACCACAAAGAUGUAGUUCCAAGAGCAGAAGAGGAAAGGGUUGAGACAAAAUUGAAGGGUUCAUCUAAGUUGAAAGCUAGUUGUCCUGUAACUAACCAGCAACAGAAAAAAGAGACAACUGUUAAGAAAGUAAAUAAGACUCUGAAGGUUGACACCAAUAGCAGGAAGCGAAUAGAGACAGAGGUUGUGAAGCCUAAAAAUGUGUCAAGAUCCCAAGAUCAAGCCAAGCCGGCCUCUACAAAGACUAGAAUUGAAAAUGGAUCAAUGACUACAAAGACUCAAAUUAUUCAACAGAGCAAUACUAACCAAAAAUCCAUCUUGAAACACACAACAAAAACCACAGUUAAGGGUCCUAAAGAUCAGAAGAAGAAGCAAAAGCUAGUUGCUGAGCCUACAGCGGAAAAGCCAACUACUGAGAAAUUAGGAUGCAAAGAAGAUGACAAGAAGAUUGGCCACACAUGUAAUAUCUGUUUCCAAAGUAACCAGCACAGACUUGCUGAUCAACCAUCUACAGACGAGAAAGCAAAUGUCUCCAAAGUUCAUAAUGAAGAACAUUGCAGUGACAGCCAGAGCUCUCCUCAUAAUCAGACAUUGGUGGCCCCUGAACAUGAGAAGGAUGCUAAAUCUUCCGAAGAAGCCAACGACCACAUGGGUCUCCUAGGACGGGAUGGAAAAGGCUUCGAAAGUGGAACCCAAUUGAAUGCUUUGCUUUUGGGCAGUCCAUUGUUUCUCACUCGUGCAGAGGAGCUUUUCGAUAUCAACAUGAAUAGCCCCAAGACCUUCUCAACAUCUGGCAUCUACAAUUCUCGAAUAGCCAACAUGGAACUCUCUUUAGAUUAUGCAAAUGAAUACAUCGAACUUAGAAGCCGUCUGGAUUCACAAAAAAGGCAUCCUCUGUUACGAACUUAUACUGGAGAUUCAAGACUUAAUCUUUCUUUAGAGAAGUUGGUGGAGGAAGUUGUUAAUGGGGCUGAGACUCUUACAAAUUAUAGCAAGCUUGGUUCUUACACCCUUCCAACCGAUAGUCUGUAUGGAAUACUGGAAAGAGAUAUAAGAAGUGGAUCAGGAGUGGUGAGUGGAACAUGGGAUUUGGGUUGGAGAAAUGGAUUUUCUGUGGAUGAAGCUGAGCAAGCUGUGGAUGACAUAGAGAAGUUACUUGUGAGUGAGUUGAUUGAGGAGAUAUUUACAUAA